GCGGACUUCGUGCGGGGGCGGCCGAGCGGCGCUGGACAGGGGCCGGGAGGGGCAGCGGGGAGAGCCAGCCCGGCCGGCCGGCCGGGGCGGGGGCCGUUGGCCCUCGGAGCGCGCGGGGGUCCCUGGGAAGACCGAAUGAGACUCUAAUGAAGGGCUCCGGCCUGCACGGUGCCUAGCACAGCGCCAGGCGCUCACCCGGUCCUCCGCGAGGCUUAGCGGGCGACAAUGGGCUGAGCCCCAGGCGCCGCAAGGUGUCACGGGCCUGUCGCAACGGGGCAGUGCCAGGGACCGUGGGGAGAGCCCGCCCUCCCCCUCCAGCUGUUCCCAGAUGUCAUCCUGCCCUUCCAGGCUCCUGGUUCCUGAGCUCAGGGGGAUUCCACGGUUACUAAGCUACUGGUUUUUGUUGACUUUUAAAUAUUUUCUUCUAAGGGAGAGGGGGAGGGGGGCAAAAGUCAGGAAAGAGCAAAUAAAAGCAAAUCGAAAUAAGCUCCUCUCCCCAAAAGAAAGUUGUCCUCCAUCCACCACUCACACACAAAUCGAAGGCCUCUGAGCACAGUCAUCUUGCUGGAGCAACCUGCUUCUGCCCCAUCCUCAUUUCCCUUUUUGGUGAAUGAGGGGUGGUGGUGGAUGGUCCCCUUGUCUUCGAACCCUGGGUGGACAAAGGGGCUUCCGGAAAGAGAGGAGGAGGAUGGCCAGUGGGAAUGGGCUCCCUUCGUCGUCGGCCCUGGUGGCCAAGCGCCCCUCUGCCCUGGGCCCAUUCCCCAGAUACAUCUGGAUCCACCAGGACACGCCCCAAGACAGCCUCGACAAGACUUGCCAUGAAAUCUGGAAGAGAGUCCAGGGCCUGCCCGAGGCCUUGCAGCCCAGGACCUCGAAGGAGAAGCUCUCUACCCCCAUGGCUGGGACUCCAGGAGACAACGUGCUCAGCUUCCAAGAAGAAGCUCUGGAGCUCAGCAGUGGCAAAGAUGAGAUCUCCCUGUUGGUGGAGCAGGAGUUCCUGAGCCUGACCAAAGAGCACCUCAUCCUGGUCACAGAGGACUCUGGGGAGCUGGAGGUAGCCGGCAGCUCUCCCGAGGGGCCUAGACAGCCAGCUCCCUGCCUUCUUGUGCCUCCUCUGGUGGCAGGCAACAGUGAGUGCCCAGGAGCUGCCAUCAUUGCUGAUGACGAGCUUCUGGAGCCGAAGGUGGCCGUGUCCGUUAUUGGCAGCCGGCAGGACUGCGAUUCUGCCAUGUCUAUGGUCAAGGGCAUCCUGCAUGCUGCCAAGGUCAAGAGUGCCAAGGGGACAGAGGAUGGGGGCCACAGCCUGGGUGCCUCCAACUCAGAGAUCAGCAAGCUCCUGGCCCAGUUCCCACUGAGGUCCACAGAAGCUUCCAAGGCCCCCGACAACAAGAUGGUGCUGGAGGAGACCAAGGUCAUCAAGGACUUCCUGCAGAACAGCAUGUUCAGUGGCCCUGGACCCGGAGAGCCCGCGGGGCUGGGCCCAUUUCUGCUGCUGCCACCCUCGCCUCCUCCCGCGCCUCCCGACAAGCUCCCCGAGCUCCCUGCUCAGAAGAGGCAGCUCCCAGUGUUUGCCAAGAUCUGCUCCAAGCCCGAGGCUGACUCCCCCAUGGAGGGGCACCGCUUGAUGGAACGGAACUUUGGUGCCAAGGAACCGACCAAGGGUCAAGAGAGCCUCUUUCUCAGUCAGUGGCCCCAGAGCCAGAAGGACACCUGUGGUGAGGAGGGUUGCAGUGACCCAGUGGGCUCCAUGUCCAUAGCCCUGCCAGCCAAGAAGCCUGCAUGGCCAGCCAAAAAGAACCUGCUCUAUGAGUUCCUUGGGGCCACCAAGAACCCAAGCCGGCAGCUGAGGCUUCGCAGCAAAGUGGAGGUGGAUGGGCUGAAGCUGAAACUCAACCCACCUGUGACGGCGGCCGACAAGAACAACCUCAAGUACACGGGGAAUGUUUUCACUCCGCGCUGUGGCACCACCUUGACCUCAGCAACCAUGAACCAGCCACUCUGGCUCAACCUGAACUAUCCACCUCCGCCUGUGUUCCCAAAUCCCUCCAACUUCCCACAGUAUCAAGGCCUGUACCCCCAGCAGGUGGCCAGGAUGCCCUUUCAGCAGGCCCAGCACACCCCGCUGGGGUGUUACUCCCGACAGGUGACGCCGUACAAUCCUCAGCAGAUGGGACAGCAGAUUUUCCGCUCUUCCUACCCCCCACUGCUGAGCUACGUCCCCUUCGUCCAACCCAACUAUCCGUACCCUCAGAGGACACCUCCAAAGCUGUCCAACAAUCCCCGAGAGCCUUCCCCCAUGGCAGGAGAUGGGCCGCAGUACCUCUCCCCCCCGGCAUACAGGUUUGGCUCCACGUCUGGUGGGCCCCUGAUGAACAGCCCCUACUUUUCCUCCAGUGGGAAUGGCAUAAAUUUUUAGAUCUCCUCCUCUUCUCCCUCCUCCUACCUUAGCCCUUGGAUCAGGGCUAAGCGUUCUGGAAUUCUGGAUUCUGCAACAGCUUGGUAUGAAAUUUGGAAAGCCAAAGUUCCGACCAGGUCACAGACAGAAAACAGCAAGUCCAGAUCGAUCUAUUGACCAACACUCACACACACGCAGCCCCCCCCACACAGCACAACUGCACACACACAUCCCUCGUUUUGGUACUCACUUGCUCAACCACAUAGGCACCUGUAUUUAACUAACGUGAGUGAUUUUUGUUUUUGUUGUUGUUGGUAAAAUAGAAGUAAGACACUUAAUUUUAGAAAGUUUGUGUUUUAUGAUAAAAGUAUGAGCUGCUUGAA